GUCGUCUGUUUAGUGUUGUUAUUUUGACACCACGACGCCUUGCCUGACUCACUCUCUAUCCGAAUUUUGAUGCACGGGUCCAAAAGAAAGACUGAGACGAGAUAUGACCUUCGCCCGCUCCCUCGGCUCUGACACUCGGGACACACCCGUCGGCGGCACAUCGUGGGGGGUGCCAAUUGUUCUGGGAAUCCACGCAUGACUUCUCGUUCGGCCCUCACGCAGCUUUGCGCGGUUAGUCGGCGCGAGGUCCCCUGUCUGUCACUUGUGGCUCGAGGCCCGAGCGACGAGGUGUCAUUCGUCCCCACUCUCCGAAUUAACGAUUAGUUUCGAUUUCCGCCCUCGCGUGCCGUUGUUAUCUUCUCCAGCAGAGCCGAUCACGCUCCCAGGGAGUGCCAGAGUCCAGCAGACGACUGAAGGAAAAUGGCGGAAUGGUUAGACGGCCUGGAGAAACUGGCUCCAGGAACUGGAGGAUACAUCAGGAACAUCCUCAGUCCUGAGUCAAUCCCUAACAAAGUGCUCGAGUACAAGGUGGACCGCUACAAGAAGUGGGAAGUGUUGUCAAAGGAAGAGGGCCUUUUGCUGUAUGGCAACUCGGGCAAGCAGAAAUAUGAAGUUGUUCUUGUGCCGAGCGUUCCUGUGGAAUCUUCGAGCAAAGCAUUCAGCCUUUUCCGAUCUGACAAUCAGGAACCUGUAGAUAAAAAAUUCCAGCAAUUGAAAGACAAUCUUGUUAUUGUUGCACCAGUACUUUCAAAAGAUGAUUGUAAUGUAUCUACAAUACAAAAAAUGUGUGAUGCACUGGAGCUUAAUCCUGGCUGGAAUGCAGCGCAUCUUGCUGCACACUGUGAUUUGGUCUCAGCAUUUAAAUCAGACACAAUUUCUCAAUUUUUAGAUGCGGCUGAUAGUAACACUGGUGUGUUACCACUACAGGUUGCUAUCCAAGCACAAAAUUUGCCAACUAUUAAAGCUCUUAUUGGAAAAAAGAUUUCCCUUGAGUGUGUUGACAAUGAGGCCAAUAGUGUCCUCCAUUAUGCAGCCAGCACCAACAAGGAAAUUAUCACGCUUUUGACUUCUGAAGUUGAUUCAAAAUAUUUAAAUGAGCACAAUGCUAAAGGCCACACCCCUUUACACAUGGCAUGUCUAGCCGACAAACCAGAAUGUGUGAAAACCUUGUUGUUGGCUGGGGCAGACUGCAACAUUACCGCUGAUUCAGGGAACCGUUUAGCAGGUACUGUUUCCGCACAAGAGCCAGGUAUUGUUAGUGACUUGGUUCAGGAAUUUUCUGGAAAACUGUAUGCUCAAGAUAUGAAAUUUGGAGGAACUCCAUUGCAUUGGUCUUGCUCCCGAGAAGUUCUUGAAUCACUUUUAGAAAAAAAGUGCCACAUAAAUGCAAUAAAUUUUGAUGGGAGAACAGCUUUGCAUGUUAUGAUUUUACGUAAACGGUUGGAUUGUGCUAUGGCCCUACUCUCAAAUGGUGCUGAUCCUAAUAUUGCGGACAAAGAAGGCAACACACCCCUUCACCUGGCUGUGACCUGUCGAUAUCUGACAGCUAUCCAAGCAUUAGUUGUCUUUGGAGCUUCUCUUAAUUACAAAAAUCAGAAAGGAGCUACGCCUAGGCAUUUAGCUACCAAAGACACAUCUUCAGAAGCAAAUAAAAUUCUUUACAUCCUCCAUUCAGUCGGGGCAGAGCGUUGCAGUCAGGAUACGAAAGGAUGUACUUCUGGGUGCUCAUUUGCUGGCAAAUUUAAUGGAACUGCUCCUCCGACACCAUUUACUAUGUAUGCCAGAGAGGCACUUGAUGAAAUAUUAUCUACCAAUGCCAUGGAUAUUGCCUCAUGUCAAUCUGGUGAAGCAAAGAAGCGGUCUCAUGCACUCUGUUUGGAUGGUGGAGGUAUCAGAGGUCUAAUUCUAGUAAUCAUGCUUCGAGAUAUAGAACGAGCAGUUGGUCGUUCAAUUGUGGAGUGUUUUGAUUGGGUUGCUGGGACAUCUACAGGUGGUAUUCUUGCCUUAGCGUUGGCUGUAGGAAAAUCUUUGCAAGACUGCCUUUGUUUGUAUUUUAAAAUGAAAGAUACUACUUUUCUGGGCGUUAAACCUUACCCCAAUGAACCUUUAGAAAACAUUUUAAAGGAUUGUUUUGGUUCAGACACCAUUAUGUCUGAGAUAUCACACCCCAAAUUGAUGAUAACGGGAUUGUUGGCCGACCGCAAACCUGUUGAUUUGCACUUGUUCCGUAACUACGAAUCCCCACUUCAAGUCUUGGGGAAAGAGGAGCCUUCAAAUGGUAAAUUCAAAAAGCCUCCUUCAUCCCAUGAUCAGUUGGUGUGGGAAGCGGCCCGGGCAUCAGGAGCAGCCCCAGCUUACUUUGGAGCACAUGGUCGCUUUUUGGAUGGAGGUUUAAUUGCUAACAAUCCAUCUCUGGACUGUUUAACCGAAAUACAUGAAUACAAUUUAGCUCUGAAAGCAGCAGGACGGGAGGCUGAAAUGGCACCUAUAACAGCUCUUGUGUCAAUUGGUACAGGUAACAUUCCUGUAACAGAGUUGCAAGAUAUUGAUGUUGGACGACCAGGAAGUCUCUGGGGAGCCACAAAACUUGUAACUGGUGUUUCCAAUAUCAUUACACUCAUUAUUGAUCAGGCUACUCAAAGUUCAGGGAGGGUUGUUGAUAGGGCGAGAUCAUGGUGCUCUUCACUUGGUGUCCCUUUCUUCCGUUUUUCACCGUUGUUGUCAGAGGACAUAAACAUGGAUGAAAGAAGUGAUGAAAAACUUGUUAAUAUGGCUUGGGAAUGUCAGGCCUACAUGCACAGCCAGCAAAGAUCUGUCAAUGAACUUGCAGAAGUAUUAAGGAGAUAAUCCAAUUCUAUACAAUUUUUUUAACUCUCUUAUAAGGAAACUAGAACUUAAGAAAUAUUCGGUAACAGCUUUUUAUAUUCUAGUUUUCUAAUGCCUUUUAAUAUUGCCCCUAUCUAUGAGCACAAAAUGUUUGCUUUUGGCUUAUGUUCACUCAUGAAGCUAUCUUUACAUGCUCACUUGUCAGACACAGCUGGCUGUUACUUAUUGUUUUAAGAUUGUUUUUAAUUUUUAUAUCUUUGAGAGCAUUUGAUAAAUUUACUGUUUUUAAGAACUGUGAUUAUUGCCUACAUAUAUAUUUUGUGAUCAAUUCUGUGCAUAAGCAAAUAACUUUUUUAUCUUCUUUGUGAUAUUAAUUUCUUCUAUGUUAUAAGAGUGGUGCUUCUUCAUUUGUCAUCAAAAUGUCCAAAUCAAAUACACUAUAUUAUUUUUAGCUAUCUUUAUAAAAUUCGCAAAUAGUGCCUUUUCAUUUUGUUUUCUUCCUAGAGUGUUGUUCUCAACUUUCCUUGCUGCCUUGCAGUCAAUUUUUAUCUUACAUUGAUCAUGUAAAACAUAUGUGAUGAAACUUCUCAUUCUUGUGGUAUUUACUUAUAUUUCAAGGAGCCGCAAUUUUUCUCUCACGUCAAUCAAGCAUGUGAUGUGUCACUUUUCGUUCUUGUGAUGUUUACUCGCACUUAAGAAGGAGCUGCCUUAAGGGUAUGGGCUCCACCGAUGUAAAGUAAAUGGGACCAAAUAUGUCACCAUUCGGAUUUACCUUGAAAUUACAUGGAUGAACUGCACAGAAAACGA